AUGAAGGUCCCUGGUUGCAAAUGCGAUGGAAAUGCAGAGUGGUUUUGCUGGAAUUUGGCACGGACUGGUUUUUACUAAAAUUUUGUGUGAUCGUCGUUAAUCUCGAAAUUUGUCGAUCGCGGAUCGAGUCCGCUGUUUAUAGCGCAGAGGUCUCGUGGGCGAUGUUGUUGAAUGUCGAGCAGAUAAUCAAGAAUCAACUACUCAACGGGUGUCGGUAGUUAAGCUGUAGCGCCGGUCGUUAUGGCGACGCGGCAGCAGCUCAGAUCCUCCCGCGGACACCCCCAUGCUCAGCCGCGGUCCAAGACAUCUCGUCAGGAUCCCCCGGUCCUCAGCGACACGAGUCGUCGGAUCCUGCUGAAAACUGCGCGUCGGAACCAUUAUCUCGGCGGGUAUCCGCGACAGUUGACUCAGGAGCCCAAGUACAUCGAGGAACGGGCCAAUUACAUGGCCCAUGGACAACCUUUUUCAAGCGUUUUGCCGUCAAUGUACCGCAGCGUGUUUGGGACCCAACCGAACCCACAAGCAUUUUUGCAGUCCAGAGCCGGACUGGUGUUCAUGACUGUUUCCUGGCUCAGCGUUUUGUCCAGUCUGUAUGAGAACACGGAAAAAUCCUCAUGGCUGUAUCCUCUUCUGCACUCGUUGGACGACCUAAGCGAUCUUUCUGAGCCUGUGUAUUACGCCACCACAGCCGUGUUGUUGUUGGCUAACAGUUACUUGACUGCCUACGCGUCUGAUUUGGCUGGCAAAUUUGCUGCGGAAGUCGUGAACCGGCUGAACGAACGACUCACAGGGGUUCGGUUGUCCAGCAACACGGGCUUCGCUGCUGAAGAUCGCGCUGUGCCCAUUUUGGAGCCCACCCACGGGCCACAGACUCCAGAUGAACCCUAUGCUGCUUUCCGUCGGCCCUUGUACAGCACGGCAAUGCCUUUGUCGAGCACGGCGCCAACAUUGGACUCGGUGAAUGCCGGCCGUUUCUUGCAAUCCAACACGGGACUCGUCUUCUCCACCAUGGUCUGGUUCACGUUCCUUUCGCACCUGUACCACACCACGGACGGGAGCAAGUGGUACUACAGUGUUCUCCACGCACUGGACGGGAUUGAUCAGUUGUCAACCCCGGCUUACUACCUGCUCACUCUGUCCCUCAUAAUGGCCCACAGCUACGCCACGUCCUACGUGUUGGACAGGGUGGGAUUUGCCGUGGCGGACAAGAUUGAUGUGGCUGCGCAGCGUCUUCAGGAGUUGUACGAGGGGAUCAGGGGACCCAGGAUUCCCAAGAAUGUGGAAAUGCCGAGUUUUGAGGACUCUGUGAGGCAACACGCGCAUUCAGCUGCUUCUGCUUCGAGGGCCUAUCAUCAGCUGCAGGAGCGCAAUUUCGGCUUCAAAGGGAAUUAGUGCUGCUGAUGCCGCGGAUGAAUGGCACUUCGGGGAUUCGCGAGAUUAAUCGUUCGAUCAACUCUUGAACGUGUUUUGUGAUGCUGGGGGGAGGACACGCGAUAAAAUGUAUUGGUUUUUGUUUCGCCCUUUCUAA